AUAUGUAAAAAAUAUUUUUUCAAAAGCAUAACAAAAGAAUACUAAAAUUAAUAAAUUAAUCAUUUCAACAAAAUAUACAAAUAUGGAUAUUUUGAAACUAAAAGUCUCUUUGAGAGGUUUUUACGUUAAUAUCAGAAUGCUUGAUUUUAUAAAUAAAAUUUCUAUAAAAUCAUUAAUGUAUAAAUCUAAAGCAUUUUCAACAGGUUUUUUAUUGCGAGUUAAAGAACCAGAUGCAAAAUUAGAGAAAAAAGAAUCAAUAAGAAUGAAACAGUUUCAUAAAAAACUAAAAUUGCAACCUAUACCUAGAAUACCACCAAAAGAACGUUUUGUGGACUUGGUUUUAGUGGAAACUGAUCCAAAUAAUGGAGAAUUAAUAACAAAUAAUGAAAAAGAUCCAACGAAGUGGGGAGACUGGCAGAACGGUGGACGGGUGAGCGACUUCUGAUCUAAAACCUUACAUCUUCAUUUGAAGAUAUAAAUAUAAAAAAAUAUAAAAACAUAACAAUCUCAAUUCAUUAAAAUUUAUAAAAUUUAUUAUUCUAUUUUUAUAAAUCUUAUUUGUUAAUUAUAUUUCUAAUCUUCAAUGUAUUUUUAAAAAAAUAAUCUAGAUCAAAUUUUGAAUAAUUAGUAGUAAAUGAAAUAGUUUUUCUCUAUGACAAUUCUAAAAUUUUUUAUUGUAUAAAUAAAUAAUAAAUAAAUUGAAAUUAUAAAUA